AUGGCCGAGGAAGGCGUUGCUGCUGGAGGUGUGAUGGAUGUCAACACUGCUCUGCCUGAAGUGCUCAAGACCGCACUCAUCCACGAUGGUCUGGCUCGCGGGAUCCGGGAGGCUGCGAAGGCUCUGGACAAACGCCAGGCUCAUCUGUGUGUCCUUGCUGCAAACUGCGACGAGCCCAUGUACGUGAAGCUGGUGGAGGCCCUCUGCGCUGAGCAUCAAAUCAACCUCAUCAAGGUCGAUGAUAACAAGAAGCUUGGUGAGUGGGUGGGUCUCUGCAAGAUUGACCGUGAAGGCAAACCCCGCAAAGUGGUGGGCUGCAGCUGUGUGGUCGUGAAGGACUAUGGCAAAGAGUCUCAAGCAAAGGAUGUCAUCGAGGAAUACUUCAAAUCCAAGAAGUAA